AUGCAGACGUCCUAUCCACGCCCGGAAGGCGGAGCCUCCCUAGUCCUCUCCUUCCGCUUGGAACGCAAAACGACCUUGAUAUUAGGUUCCGGGACAUUAGCAGCCUCUCGAGCUUUCUCAGCGCUCGAAGCAGACUCGAAAGUCAUUGUACUCGCAAAUGGAGGCUUGAAAACGGCAUGCGAUGAGAUCAGAUGGCGAGUCGAACAUAUCCAGGUCUCUUUCGUAAAUUGGGAUACUCUUCCGGGUCCUUCGAAAACCGACGAAGACGACGUUCAAGCCCUCGAAGGCUUCUUGGAUUCAACUCCUGGAAUCGCCUUUGUCAUUAUCACCGACACCAUCCUGAACGACGACGCUCAGAGACGAACUCGUUCCUCCGCAGAACGCAUCUACCAGGCUUGCGCAUCCCGGAACAUCCCCGUCAACACCACCGACAUGCCGCACCUGUGCGACUUUUCCUUCACCUCUUCAUAUCGAUUUGAGGACCCAUCCGGUCACCGCACACCUCUCCAGAUUGGGGUUACCACGAACGGCCAAGGAUGCCGCUUGGCAGGGAGGUUGAGGAGGGAGAUCGUAGCGAAGCUGCCAAAGGAAGUAGGAUUGGCCGUCGAAAAUAUUGGCAAGCUCCGAUCUCUGGCGAAAUCAAACGAUAUCGUUGCGUAUGAGGAUUGUUUUGACGAUAGUGGUGUGUCGACACCAAAUCGACCGGUUUCACAACGAAGUUUGUUAGAGACUGCGGUGGAGAGUGCAAGGAGGAGGAUGAAGUGGGUGGCUCAGGUUAGUGAGUAUUGGCCACUGUCCAAGCUUGCGAGCUUGACAGAAAAAGACAUGGAACAAGUGCUGUCGGGGGAGACCCAGGAGGGCUCUGCGGCAGCGACCACCCCGUCGAUACAUUCUCUGGACAUCCGGCGGCCAGGUCGAAUUCUUCUCGUAGGUUCAGGACCUGGUCAUCCAUCAUUGCUUACACAGGCAACCAAUAACGCACUUACGAAGCUCGCUGACCUCGUCCUAUCUGACAAACUGGUCCCCGACGCAAUCCUGGCUCUUAUUCCAUCGGAAGUGGAAGUACGAAUUGCGAAGAAAUUCCCUGGGAAUGCAGAUGGCGCGCAAAAUGAGAUGAUGGAGGCUACAGUCGAGGCUGCUCAAAAAGGGCUGACUGUUGUGCGGCUUAAGCAAGGUGAUCCUGUGGUAUACGGACGCGCUGGGGAGGAGGUUCUCUACUUCCGCUCACACGGCUUUGAGCCCGUCGUUAUCCCAGGAGUCAGCUCGGCACUAGCGGGGCCCACGUUUGCAGGAAUACCUGUAACACAACGCGGCGCCGCUGAAUCUUUCAUCGUGUGCACAGGAGUUGGAAGAAAAGGAAAACAAGUCCAGCUGCCAGGGUACGAGCGAGGAAGGACGCUUAUCAUACUCAUGGGCGUGGCACGAUUACCCCAAGUUGUCAGCACUCUCACUGACACCGAGCGUGCACGACGUGAUGGCCCCGCCUAUCCCUCCCACACUCCGAUUGCCCUUAUUGAACGAGCAUCGAUGCCAGAUCAGCGCGUCAUCGAUUCGACGCUCAAGAAUAUUGUCAGAGCACUGGAUAGCAUUGGUGAACAGAGGCCGCCAGGUAUGCUUGUCAUUGGAUGGGCUGUCCCGGCGCUCUGGGAGAGGGGAGACGUUGAAGUUUUGGAAGAAAGUGCUGACUUGGACGAAGGCCGAAUCGCUAGAUGGCUGGGUCAAGACAGUUGGAGAGUGAGGGAAGGGUUGCAGAACGAAUGGAAUGAUGGAUUGUAG